AUGCACCGCACAUCCUACAGGUCCGACGUAGAAAUGCUCAUCAUGUCGCCUGAAGACCCCAACCACUUCAGCAGCGACGUUGACCACCACCAUGUUGAGAAGCGACUAAGCGGCGGGGAAUCGUACUUCAGCAACAGCACUGUCAGGAGCAUCGCGUGGCAGAAUCUCACUGUCACCGUCAACGACCGAACCACCGGCCAUGAUCGCGAUAUCCUUCAUCGAGCUUCGGGAGUGGUGAAGCCUGGAGAGAUGCUGGCACUCAUGGGACCGUCUGGAUCCGGAAAGACGACACUGCUCAAUACUUUGGCUCGCAGAACCGAUGCCAACGCAGGACAUGUGCUGAUCAACGGCAAGCAAUACCCACUAUGCACUCAUCGAGCCAUCAGCUCUUUUGUGGAGCAGGAAGACACUCUCAUCGGAUCGUUGACCGUCGACGAGACCCUAAAGUUCGCCGCGAAGCUUGCAUUACCUGCAAGCGUGAGCAGAGCCGAAAUACGAGAUCGUGUCUCCAAGCUCGUAGGAUCCUUCGGUCUCGGUGAUCAGCGACGAACGCUGAUCGGUUCGCCGCUCCGCAAGGGCAUAUCUGGAGGCCAGAAGCGCCGGGUCAGCGUGGCAACACAGCUCAUCACCGGGCCUUCAGUACUGUACUUGGACGAGCCGACCAGUGGUCUCGACUCCACUGCCAGCUACGAGGUCAUGUCCUUCAUCAGCAGAAUCGCACUGGCGAACAACCUCAUCGUCAUUGCAAGCAUACACCAACCAUCUACCAAGACAUUAGACCUCUUCUCGAAAGUCAUGCUGCUGUCAAAAGGCCGGCCCUGCUACUUUGGAUACACAUCCGAUGUCGACGACUACUUCAACGAGAUUGGCAUGCCGAUUCCGCCUCUCACAAACCCUGCUGAACACAUGCUGGACAUCACCAACGCUGACUUUGGCAAUGACGCUGACGGGGCCCGUCUCGAUGCCAUCUUCACCCGCUGGAAGCAAUCACAGCGCGCGCAGCUACUGGACACGCAGCUUGCUGAGCUCUUUGGUGACGAUGUCGAGACGCCAUUCGUGCCACAUGCUGCCUUCACAUCACAGGUCGUCACCCUCCUUCACAGGGCUUUCAUCAAGAGCUACCGUGAUCUAGUCGCCUAUUGGAUUAGGCUUGUGAUGUACAUGGGCCUAUCGAUCAUGAUGGGUACCGUGUGGUUGCGCUUGACUCCUCACCAGGAUCACAUACAACCAUUCAUCAAUGCGAUCUUCUUCGGCUCUGCUUUCAUGUCCUUCAUGGCAGUAGCUUACGUUCCUGCCUUCUUGGAAGAUCGGUCGAUGUUCGUCAAGGAGCGCGCCAACGGUUUAUACGGCCCAACCGCGUUCGUCAUCUCCAACUUCUUGAUCGCACUGCCAUACCUAUUCUUGAUCUCCAUCCUGUUCUCCAUUUUCUCCUACUGGAUGAUCAACCUUCGACCCACUGGCGGCGCCUUCUUCGUCUGGGUAAUGUGGCUUUUCCUGGACCUCGUCGCCGCUGAGUCCCUCGUUGUCCUCAUCAGCUCACUCUUCCCGAACUUUGUGGUCGCACUGGCUUUCAUCGCCUUCGCAAACGGUCUCUGGAUGAGUGUUGGCGGCUUUUUGGUCUCACUUCCGGUCCUCAACGUCUUUUGGAAGUACGUGUUCCACUACAUCGACUACCAGGCCUACGUCUUCCAGGGCAUGAUGGUCAACGAGUUCGGCAGCCGCAACUACAACUGCGAAGUUGACAACGGUAACUGCUUCUGCAUGUACCAAAGUGCGCUGCAGAGCGAGUGCAAGAUCGAGGGCAUCGCGGUGCUGGACAAAUUCGGCUAUCCGACUGGCAGACAGGGCAAGUGGGUUGGCAUCAUGAUCGGUAUCAUCGUGGUGUACCGGCUGUUUGGCUGGGCUGUCACAUGGUACAGGAAGACGUGA